GCGGAAUCUGCUCGUGCGAGAGGACGAGGAGCGAGGACGAGGAGCGAGCGAAGAGAGGCAGAGGCAGAGUCAGCAGAGAAUUCAGACAUCCUUCUCACAGUCAGAUCAAGAUGUCCAAGCAAGAGCAGGAGCAGAGGGUGAAUAAUGCCAAGAACGAGAUUUCAGCAUUCAGUGACAUGUACAACAGGAUGCUGAAGCAAUGUUUUGAGAAAUGCGUAGAGCAUUAUCAUGACAGCGAACUUGCUCUUGGCGAGAACGUGUGCAUUGAUAGAUGUGUGAGCAAGUAUGUCUCUGCGCAAGAGAAAGUUGGUGCAACCAUGACAAAGGUUACAUCUCAGAUGCAACAGAUAUGAAGCGAUGCUGUCCCACAUAUGACAAUCUGAAAUACCGGCGUAAAGAAUCUUUGUUUCCAGCCAUGUAGAGCAUUACAUCUUGGUGUCUAUC